AUGAAGAAGUACUUACAGGCUCAAGAAAUCUAUCGUCCGGGCACUUAUGUUCUUCUCAUCACAUCUCCACUAAAUGCACUACUCAACUGGCUCUUCAUAUACAAGUUCAAUAUUGGGCUCUAUGGCGCACCAAUUGCCACUGGCAUUUCAUAUUGGAUCUCCUUCCUGCUGCUUGUCGCAUACGCAGCCUUCGUCAAGGGCAAGGAGUGCUGGGGAGGUCUCGCACCACGCCGAGCUCUUCAGCAUCUGUGGCCGUUCGCUAGGCUUGCCUUCCUGGGACUCGUACACGUUGGCACCGAGUGGUGGGCAUUCGAGAUCGUCGCUUUGGCAGCUGGUCGUCUAGGUACCAUCCCCUUGGCGGCACAAUCCGUCAUCAUGACAGCCGACCAGAUCAUCAACACCGUUCCAUUUGGCUUGGGUGUCGCCGCUUCUAGCCGUCUAGGCAACCUACUAGGUGCCCGUCGACCGAAGGAUGCCGAGCGUGCUGCCCAUUGUGCGGCCGUACUGUCCAUGGUUGCCGGUGCACUAAUCUUGGCGGUGUUGAUGGGCACCAAGGACGUGUUUGGGCGUAUAUUCAAUGACGAUGAGCGCGUUGUGCGUCUCGUGGCCGAGGUGAUGCCAUAUGUCGCGCUCUUCCAGAUCGCUGACGGUCUGAAUGGCUCGUGUGGAGGAGCACUCAGGGGCAUGGGACGGCAAUGGGUAGGCGCGCUUGUCAACAUUGUCAGCUACUACUGUGGUGCGCUUCCGGGAGGCAUCUAUCUCGCUUUCCACGGAUGGGGACUGGCCGGUUUGUGGAUCGGGCAGUGCGUUGCUCUGUACCUUGUGGGCGCCCUGGAGUGGGUGAUCGUGGGUAUGUGUAAUUGGGAUAAAGAGGUCGAUAGAGCGAUGGACAGGUUGGAAGCUGGCGGUAUUGGCGCCCGCCAAGAGGAAGAGGAGGUCCUUGAGGGAGACGCACUCGGUAGACAGGGUCAGGGAGGUCACAUUGGGGAGGUGGGAGACCAAGUUUGA